AUGAACGAUCCCAAUGGAUUGAUUUACUAUGAGAACGAAUGGCAUCUCUUCUAUCAACAUUAUCCUCUGGAACCUCAGGCUAAAAAUAUCCAUUGGGGUCAUGCUGUAAGUAGGGAUAUGAUUGCAUGGACAGACUUACCUAUAGCAUUGACACCGGAUGAUGAGAAUACUGGUAUAUGGUCUGGUUCAGCUGUAAUUGAUUGGAAUAAUGUAACUGGUCUUCAACAGAUAUCAACCGUACAUCCAAUGAUUGCUAUCUAUACAUGGCAAAAACGAGGUUGGCAGGAACAACAUAUGGCUUACAGUCUCGAUCGAGGACGAACAUGGACCAAAUAUCCUUUAAAUCCCAUUAUUCCGUUGGUUGCCGAUAUCACACAACAAGAUAACGUAGAAUUGAAUCCGUCCGAAAUCGUUUUCCGUGAUCCCAAAGUACUAUUUCAUAGACCAACUGGUUCAUGGGUUUUGGUUAUAUCAGGUGGUAAUCAUGUGCAGUUUUACACUUCGAACGAUCUUAUUCACUGGUCGUUGAGUUCUCGUUUCGGUCACGAGGAUGGUUCUCAUGCAGGCGUUUGGGAAUGUCCAGAUCUCAUAGAGUUUUCCGCGACGACAUCGGAUAAUCAGAAGCUUUGGUUGCUAAUCGUAUCAAUUAACCGAAAUGCAGUGGCUGGAGGUUCGGGUAUGCAAUAUUUUGUGGGCACAUUUGACGGUCGAACCUUUAAAAAUUUACAAACAGCAAAUACUAUUCGUUGGCUUGAUUAUGGACCAGACUUUUAUGCCGGUGUCACUUACCAUAAUGUUCCUCGAUUCGAUGCACGACAAAUCAUGGUUGCAUGGAUGAAUAACUGGCAGUAUGCACAAAGUCUUCCAACCGCACCGAUAUGGCGCGGUCAAAUGACUGUUCCUCGUCAAAUUGAGCUCAGUUUCGAUGCUCUUACAAAUGCCUAUCAUGUACGACAGUCACCUGUUCAUGAACUCUAUUCACAUUCGAAAAAAAUAAUUACAUUGUCCCGACAAAAUUUGACUUCAGAAACACCAAACAUUUUAGCUACAAUGUGCAGUGAUACAUUCAUGAUUUGGGCCGAAUUUCAUCGCGUGACACCAACUACUGUAGUCAUUCUGCAAGUACGAAAGAGUUCAGAUGGAAGUGAAUAUACUGAAAUUAAAUAUAUGGCCGAUAAAAACCGGCUCGAAUUGGAUCGAUCACACUCUGAGCAACGUCCGUGGUCAGAAUGGAGUCGUUCUGAUGAAUCUUAUUUACAACAUACCGGACACGACGUCGAACAAGUUCAACAUUUGUAUUCGAUGUGUGAACAACCAUUUGUAAAUUAUUGUCGGCAUAGAAAUCAAGAAGACCCAAACAGUAACAUUACGCCAUAUUUAUCUCCUAUGAAUUUGCUUGUGGUUACAUUGUGGUACUUGAAACAUUAUCACUCCGAACGUUAUAUUGCUGCAGAGUUCGAUCUUAGUCGAUCCAGAGUGAAUUAUUUCUUAUCAACGGUUGUGGAUAUUUUACAUUCCUGUGUAUAUCCAGAAUUAGUUUCAUUACCUGCUGAUAUGUCUAACAGAACCGCAGCACACGGACCUGAAGAACAUCAUAAACUAAUAGUUGAUUCAAAUUUCAUCGCAAUUCCUCAACCUGAUGAUAUAAAUCAACGUAAAGCAUAUUAUCAUGCUAAAAGUCCAACAAAUUAUGCAUUAAAAAUACAAAUAUCUUGUGAUUUUCGUCAUCGAAUAGUACAUGUAUUCGAACGUUAUCAUGGAAGUGUACAUGACAUUACAAUUCUAAGAGAGUCAGGACUGUUAGAACAUGUAAACGAUUCUGUGCAAAUUAUUGCUGACAAAGGAUAUAUUGGUGAAGAAUAUGUAGUCACUCCAAGAAAGAAACCUCAUGGACGUGAAUUGACAGAUGAAGACAAGAAUUUCAAUCGUGAUAUUAAUAGUGCAAGAGCAGCUAUUGAAAAUAUUGAUCAGCGGCUUAAAACGUAUUCUAUACUAGGUAGCGUUUACAGAGGAGCUAUUGAUGACUUGCAUAAAAUAACAAAAAUCGCACAAGUUGUUUCAGCUCUUUGCAAUAUGAACUUAAAUAAACAUCCUAUUCGUAAAUAA